GCUAUCAUAAGUGGAAAGAAGGUGCAAACGCCAAAAAAUGAAAGUAUCACCCUUAGAUGAAAGGGGGAAAGAAGAUGAAGGAUUCUCAACUCAUUUUAUUCUGUGGCCUCAACUCCCUGGCUCUGAUUGAGUUCUCAUUCUAGGUACUUGAUGGAUGCCAUUGGAAAUAAUCGGAGGCGUAUGAAAAUCAUUGUGAUUCACCCACUCUCGUUAACCAUCAGUUCAGCUGCAAUCUCUCACUACUAACUACCUACCUACCUAAUUAACCCACGAAACAACUCAAUCCAACCUCCAAGUAAUUCUGGAGAAGACAACACGAUGUAUUUGCUGUCUCUCCUCCUCACCUGCUCUACUCUAGCCUCGGCAACGACGUACUUUCUUACCGUCUUCGCCCCGGACACCGAGGUCGACGGUGCACUGCUGAAUGCCGCUGCUCAGGGCUUCUAUGCCGGUAUCUCAGGACCCGAAACGUACUGUCCUAAGGGCAUCUCGUGUCCUGAUGUACAAGGAUCUCUAGUAUAUGAUGGCCUAACUGGGAUGGCUGUUGAAGUCCCUGGCGGCCAAGCCAUCUACGUCGCGCCCUCGGGCCAGAUAGAAUAUACACAAGCGCACUCUGCAUACGAGCCGCCAGGCGCUUUAAGGGGGGGUUGGUUCAACAAGACAGUCUUGUCGGAUUGCGAUCCCGCUCGCAAUGUGCUUGACUUCUUACCCGUCGACGGGUCUGGCACCGGCGGUAUCAAAUUGUGCCCCCAAGUCGAGGAAUACAUGGCCGGUACAGGUGCUAGCUACCGCUUAUAUGCUGGGACAGCCGCCUUCAACCUGUCCGGUUGCGUUGAUGCCGUUGGUCUCAACUUGCACGGUGUUGCAGCGGAUUACGGGUGUUGGCAGUACGCCUAACCCGAACCUAGGAGCCGUUACUAUCCCAACAUUGCGCUUGUUAUUCUGGACAACGAUGUGUUUGGGGAAGGAAAAGCUAAUACACCCAGUUUGGAACUGUAUAGAUUUAUUUCCCGAGCUUCUGGACGUAGAUUUUACUGCGGGAUUUUGCCGAAGUAGGCUAUUACAUGUCCUCUUUAUGGAUUUAUAGCUU